AUGUUCGGGAAACCAGACAAAAUGGACGUCCGAUGCCACUCGGACACCGAUGCCGCCCGGGUCUCCAAGAGCGCGCACAAGGAGAGCCGGGAGAUCAAGGGCGCCGAGGGGAACCUUCCGGCCGCCUUCCUCAAGGAGCCGCAGGGCGCCUUUUCGGCGUCUGGCGCUGCGGAAGAUUGUAACAAAAGUAAAUCCAAUUCCGCAGCCGACCCGGAUUACUGCCGCCGGAUCCUGGUCCGAGAUGCCAAGGGGUCCAUCCGAGAGAUCAUCCUGCCCAAGGGCUUGGACCUGGACCGGCCGAAGAGGACACGCACGUCCUUCACGGCGGAGCAGCUCUACCGGCUGGAGAUGGAGUUCCAGCGCUGCCAAUACGUGGUGGGCCGCGAGAGGACCGAGCUGGCUCGGCAGCUCAAUCUCUCGGAGACCCAGGUGAAGGUCUGGUUCCAGAACCGGCGUACCAAGCAGAAGAAAGACCAGGGCAAGGACUCGGAGCUGCGCUCGGUGGUGUCGGAGACGGCCGCCACGUGCAGCGUGCUGCGGCUGUUGGAACAGGGCCGCCUGCUGUCGCCGCCCGGCCUGCCAGCCCUACUGCCUCCCUGUGCCACCGGCGCUCUCGGCUCAGCGUUGCGCGGACCCAGCCUUCCCGCCCUAGGUGCGGGCGCUGCUGCGGGCUCGGCCGCCGCCGCCGCCACCGCCCCGGGCCCCGCAGGCGCCGCAGCUCAGCACCCGCCGGCCGUGGGGGGCGCUCCCGGCCCGGGGCCUGCAGGGCCCGGGGGACUGCACGCUGGAGCACCGGCCGCCAGCCACGGCCUCUUCAGCCUGCCGGUGCCCUCGCUGCUGGGCUCUGUCGCCAGCCGCCUGUCCUCCGCCCCGUUGACAAUGGCUGGCUCCCUAGCCGGGAAUUUGCAAGAACUCUCCGCCCGGUACCUGAGCUCCUCGGCCUUCGAGCCUUACUCCCGGACCAACAAUAAAGAAGGGGCGGAGAAAAAAGCGCUGGACUGAUUUUAAGUGUUUCCCUGUAUUUAUAUUUAUAGUAUCUAUUGUGGUGGUAUUUAUGAACUCGAGCGCCUUAGGCGCCCAGGGCUCCUGCUCUGGCCUCCUGGCUCGCUCUAGGCCUGCCUGCUCUCCUUCCCCGAGCAGGCUCUGCUAACAACUUCAUCUCACUCGGGCUGUUUUUGUUCUUUUCCCUCUACCUUUCCUCCCUUCCUCCAACCCCAACUUCUUUCUGAGUCCAGGACCGAUCCAAAGAAUUGGGGGGGAAAUGCCUGAAUUAGCCAACCUUGUGCCCCCGUCCGUGCCAUCCCCAGAGGGAAAAGACUGAUUCUAAGUCCAGACCACAGGACAUUUGUUCUAGAUUGGGGCCUUAAGGUUUGAUUAGGACGAUUUUUUGAAAGAGGAAAGCUACAUGAGGAUUCCCCCCCCACACACCCCAGGCUGAAAAAGCUUUUAUGUUUCUUUAGACCAAAAGGGUAUUCCUUCUUCU